GAGACACGUAGAGAGAGAGCGAGAGAGAGCUUCGUCUUCGCCCUAUCCCUACUGUCUAUCCCUUCUUCUCGCCUCCCCUGCUCCAGCAGGACCUGGUUGUAAGCUACGCACCUGACCAUGGCCGCGAUCGCAGCUGCGUCGAUAGCGGCCACUGCUGCCGGCCUCACCUAUCUCGAUGGUAGAUUCCAUCUGCGCCAGGACUGGCAUGACAUCCGCUCCCGCGCUGCCGCCGCGAAGCUGCUCCAGAAGGCCGUCCAAGAUAAACGCGUAUCGCCUUACUACUUCUUCGAGGCCCGAGCCCAGGCCCAUCCCGAGAAGGAGGCCAUCUGGUCCCGGAACCACGGUGUCCACACCUACGAUGCCACCUACCGCCGCGCCAACCAGUUCUCCCGCUGGUUCCUCGACAACGGCGUUCGCCCCGGUGACUUCGUCGCCUUCUUCAUGGCUAACAGUCCCGACUUCGUCUUCGCUUGGCUCGGCCUACUCGCCAUCGGCGCCGCUCCCGCCCUCAUCAAUCACAACCUCACCCGCCAGGCCCUGCUCCACUGCCUCGCCAUCUCCGAGGCCAAGCUCGUUCUCGCCGACGGCCCACCCCAGCUGCUCGAGCGCCUCGACGCCGUCAGGGAGGACCUCGCCGCCCAGGACGUGCGCAUCGUCAACCUGGCCGAUGCCCGCUCCGAGAUAGACACCGCUGUGAGCGAGCGCCCCCCGGAUGAGCUCCGCGACGGCGUUCGCCCGGACUCGCCCUUUGGCCUCUUCUACACGAGCGGCACCACUGGCCUGCCCAAGGCCUGCGCGCUCCCCGCCGCUGCCAGCUUCAACUACGGCGUCAGCCGUGCGUGCGGCUUCUCUUACGUCCAGGGAGACAACCAGCGCUACUACGACUGCAUGCCGUUGUACCACGGCACUGGCGGCAUCAGUGGUAUGACGCAGCUGCUGACCGGCCAAACCUUGUGUCUGGCGCCCAGGUUCAGCGUCUCGGGCUUCUGGGAUGACGUUCGCGACAGCGGCGCCACCUGGUUCGUCUAUGUCGGCGAGACGUUGCGCUACCUGCUCGCUGCCCCGCCUUCGCCGCGCGAUCGCGAUCACAAGGUGCACUCCAUCUACGGUAACGGCUUGCGCCCGGACGUCUGGAAGCCGUUCCGCGACCGCUUCGGCAUCGGGACCAUCUACGAGUUCUUCAACUCGACUGAGGGUAUCAUGCCGCUCGACAACCCGGCGCGCGGUGACUUCCGCGCCCACGCCGUCGGCCACCACGGCUUGCUGCAGCGCCGCCGCUUCCAGAACGUCUUCGUCCCCGUCGAGAUCGACGUCGACACCGGCGACAUCGCGCGUGACCCGCAGACCGGCUUCGCGCGGCGCGUCCCCUACUCCGUCGGCGGCGAGAUCCUCGUCGCCCAGCCGCCGACCAUCACGCCUCCCUUUCCGGGCUACUACCGCAACGAAGAGGCCACCUCCAAGAAGUAUGUGCGCGACAUCUUCCGCAAGGGCGACCUGUACUAUCGCACCGGCGACGCCUUGCGCCGCGACGACGACGGCCGGUGGUUCUUCCUCGACCGCCUCGGUGAUACCUUCCGCUGGAAGGGCGAGAACGUCUCGACCGCCGAGGUAUCCGAGGUCCUGGGCCGCUACCCCGGCGUGAGCGAGGCUACCGUCUACGGCGUCUCGCUGCCGAACCACGACGGUAAGGCCGGCAUGGCCGCCAUUUACGUCGACCCGGCAGUCAAGAACUUUGACUACAACGGCUUGCUGAAGCAUGCACGCACGCACCUCCCAAAGUACGCCGUACCCGUGUUCGUGCGCCGCAUCGGCGCCCGCUCCGCCACCCACAACAACAAGCAGGACAAGAUGCCGCUCAAGCGCGCGGGCGUCGACCCGGAGCAGACGGGUGCCGAUCCCGUCCUCUGGGUCCCCGACCACGCUAAGGGCGGCGAGGCCUACGUGCCCUUCUCUCCCGCCGACUGGGACUCGCUCAAGGGCGGCCGCGCUAAGCUGUGACGACCCUUCUCGGCGGGAGAGGGGGGGAACACUAGGAAAAAUAAAGAAACGCUCGAUAAGAUGGAACCAACGUAGCCUACGAUGAAGUAGCCGAUUCCGUGCGGGCGCGCCCCGGCUGAUGCCCCUACAUCGCUCAGAUACCUGUUUCACCGACUU